GUACCAGAGAUAAAUCAGGACGUGCAGUGGCCAUAAUAACAACAAGGAACACAGUCUGGUUAAACCCCCACUGCAAUAGCACUGAGCUUGUACGCCUUCUUCUGUACUUGCAUAGCAUCCCAAGACCAGAAUGUCAGGCUUUGGGUCUAACUGUUCUUGUGGAUGCUCGUCGCUGUUCACCGGUUCCCGCUCUCUUCAAGGCAUUCAGCACACUGCAGGAUAUAGAUCCUAAUUGUAUUCAUGGAGUACUGCUUCUGGUUGAGAGAGACCUGACUUUUCGGAUGGAGAAGCCACCAGCAGGACAGUUUGAACUUCUCACCUCCAUGAAAUCCCUCCAUAAGCACAUAGACAGCUCACAGCUGCCUCUAGAGCUGGAUGGGACCUUCCCUUAUUGCCACCGGGACUGGUUAAGCUUCCGCAUGAAGCUGGAACACUUGCUACAAGGAUGCCAAAGUGCUUGUGCGUUCCUCCAGGGAGCUAUUCAUAAAGUGGAAACUGGGAAAUUGCCAGAAAGAGCUGAGGAGGCAGCUGUGCUUCUGAGGAAUUACAGGCAGUUGAUGAAGAACAUUCUUGAAGACGCACGACUCGUCAGGCUGCAGCUGGAGGGGGGAGCGCUCCUUGCGAGGUUGAGGAAGGAGGAAUCUUGUGUCACCCUCACCCACGACUACAGAGAUGCUCUUGGUGCUGCCAGCGUGCUUUAUAACCGAGUUGAUGAGGGCGUUCACCGGCUGGUGAUGCUGUCAAACAAACGCAUCCAGGAACUGGAGCUGGUGAUGGAGUUCGAGAAAGUAGAAGAGUGUUUUAAGGAGGUCAGCAGUUGGAUCGAGAAUGUUGGCAGAAAACGGUUAAAGGAAACAAUCAACCUGGAUGAUUCUUUGGAGAUGCUGCUUCAAGCACAGAAGCAGUUCAGGGAGUUUGAUCUUGUUGCCAGUGAAUAUUGCAGAAGGGGGCAGGAAGCACUAAAGACGAUGGAUGGCUGGGAAGACUUUUCCUCUGUGGAUGUGCAUUCCUACAGGGUGAAGCUGCAGACCUACAGAGAUCAACUGGAGGAGUUCUGCACUCAACUGGAUGAAAAUAGGCACCAAAUCUGUGAGACAGUCAGGCUGUAUGAGUUCUUUGACAAGGCAUACGAGUGGGCCUUGGAGGGCAUGCGGCACCUUGCGUGCAUCAGCAUGGAGGACUGCAGCUCUGCUGAGCACUGUGCGGGUGUGAUCAACUGCCUGGAGAGUUACAAGGGGCAGCACCCAGACAUCAGCGAUGCCCGGUUCCAGGAGAUGAAGGAGCUGGCAUGUGAGCUGAAGAGUGACAAGGGACUCAAGCAGUGGAAGUUUGCAUGGUCUAAAUGCCAGGAGACCAAGCUGGUUUUUGAAAAGAAACUCGAAGCAGCCUUAAGAACAAGGAGGUCUCUGCUGUCAGACCAGAAACCAGCUCUGGGGGAGCAGCCCCAGGCUGGCAGCCUGUCCCACUGGAGGCACUCCGAGGGGGCCACCUCCAGGUCCCACCGGGACAGGACUUGCAGCACACCGCACUGCUACAACAGGCCCAACUGCUCCCCGGGGUGGGCUAAGGAGAAAGUGCCCUUGCCCUCCCUGAGCUUCCCUGAUGAUGUCAGUGGUGGGGAAGAGCUCGCCUGCCAAGCCGCUCUCAGCCCUGGUCCUCAGAGCAGAGUUUCUUUUGCCAGUGGGGCCUCCAAGUCUCCAAAGCUGCCUGAAGAAAAGCUAAACCUGGAGAGUAUAUUAGAAACCCCAGAGGUGAAGCCAUCCUGCAUAUCUACUGCAGCCUCUGGGAAGCUGCCUCCCAGGAGGAUGCUCCGGAAGGCCCAAAGCUUUGACCUCCCCUGUGGUGAGAGCCUAUGGUCGGGCUGCCAGAGGACACUGAGCGAGCCGGCCAGAUAUGGCAACACUGGUGUCUUUAUCAAGGGGCUGGAGGUGAGCAGCACCGAGCUGGUGGACAGGACGUUCGCUCUGCGGCAGCAAGGCACUCACAACUGGCCUGCAGACUGCCUGCUGCAGGAGGGACCGAGGGGCUGCCUCUCAGUGUCAGAAGCCAAGAGCUGGGGCAGCAAGCUGCGGCACAUCAUCGAUGAGAUGGUAACCACGGAGCGCGAAUAUGUGAGGUCGCUUUGCUACAUCAUCGACAGCUACUUCCCUGAGAUGGAGCGCCUGGACCUCCCCCAGGACCUGCGUGGGAAGCGCAGCGUCAUUUUUGGGAACCUGGAGAAACUCUAUGACUUCCACAGCCAGUACUUCCUGCGGGAGCUGGAGAGCUGCUGCAACCACCCACUGCGAGUCAGCCACUGCUUCCUCCGACAUAAAGACCAGUUUGGGAUGUACGCAUUGUAUAGCAAGAACAAGCCAAAGUCGGACUCACUGCUGGCCAGCCAUGGGAAUAUCUUCUUUAAGUUCAAGCAGGUGCAGCUUGGGGAUAAGAUGGACCUGGCCUCCUACCUGCUGAAACCCAUCCAGCGGAUGAGCAAAUAUGCCCUGCUCCUGAAAGACCUGAUCAAAGAGUGCAGCGAGGCACAAGAGCAGGAGCUGGGAUACCUCCGUGCUGCUGAGGAGAUGGUGAAGUUUCAGCUCCGGCACGGGAACGACCUCCUGGCCAUGGAUGCCAUCCGUGACUGUGAUGUGAACCUGAAGGAGCAGGGGCAGCUAGUGCGGCAGGAUGAGUUCACCAUCUGGCUGGGCCGUAGGAAGUGCCAGCGACAUGUCUUUCUCUUCGAGGACCUAAUCCUGUUCAGCAAGCCCAAGAGGAUUGAGGGUGGCUUUGACGUGUACAUCUACAAGCGCUCCUUCAAGACAGCAGACAUUGGUCUGACAGAGAACUCUGGAGAUAGUGGCCUACGCUUUGAGAUCUGGUUCCGAAGGCGGAAGUCCAGCGACACCUACAUCCUCCAAGCCAGCUCAGCUGAGACUAAGCAGGCCUGGACCAGUGACAUUGCCAAGAUCCUGUGGCAGCAGGCAGCCCGCAAUAAAGAAAUACGAAUGCAGGAGAUGGUCUCCAUGGGUGUGGGCAACAAGCCAUUCCUGGAUAUCAAACCCAGUGAGGCAGCUAUCAAUGACCGUGCUAUUGACUACAUCAUGAAAGGCAGAGGUGCCAGGACCAGAGCAUCCAUUGCGGUGUCUCUAUUUGACCAUUCCAACCCCUACAAGAGGACACAGGCACAGCUCUCUGCUGGCAGUACCCCUGCUGUAUACAGCCCUUUGUCUUCCUCCCUGCUGGGGCCCCUUAACCUCCACAUGUACCUGGACCAGGCUUUGCUGCCUGACGUCCUGGCUCCCAGCCGCCCCUUUGACAUCCGCACCUGCAUUGAGGAAGAUGAGCUGGAGCACGAGACGAGCAGCCAGCCCUCACUGACAACAGAGAGCUCGGAGUCCUCACACUGCAUGUCAGGCAGUGGUUCCAGCGGCUCUGACAGUGGCUGUGUCUCCAGCAUCCCACAAGAAAGCUUCUGUGAAGAUGUGGGCUUGCCACCCUACAUGCCUCUCGGCUCACAGCACACUUCAGCCGUGGCGGAGAAGCCCCGAUUCCCCAACAGCCAGUACAUUUCUGCAAAAGCAGGCCAGGUCACCAUAAGUCCCUCGACAAUAGUGUGA